AUGCACUUUCUGGCGUGUCUACUGGUCCUCUUCGCACUUUUCGUCACAGUUGCUGCCUUCCGAGGUGGUCACGGACGUCCCUUAUAUGGUAAGAAACGGCUUUUCUACUUUUCCACACUCAUUAGAAUGAUUCAUUCUUGAUUUGUAAUGCUUCAGGAUACCUUUUCGAUAUUUUUAUCAACCAACUAACACAUCUCAAAACUAACUUUACAGCACGAAGCGCGAUGGUUUUCACUGAGCAGUCAGUUCCAUCACCUGUAGACGUAAAUGAAAGGUCUUUUGAGUUCUUUCGCUUGUUUUGAAGUUCUGAUUCUGUUCUUCUGGAACGCCUACACAGCAAUUUCGAAAAGCAUGACCUUCUCCUGUCUAUGUUGCUUUACUUCUAACUAUUCUUUCUUUCACUUCCUAAAGUGCCCGGAAGUUUCCACUGGGUUACAAUAGAGCACAAAGUGGCCCAUUAUUUGUUUUUUUUCUUUUUCUGUGUUCUAUUUAUCGAACCAAAUUUUGGGCCAAAUAAGUGUUCCGUGUUGGACGAAUCACGCAGGGAAGGCUUUAUUAAAGCAUGAAAUAAUUUGGUUUCUUUCCUCUUAUGUUCAUUUCACUAGUGAAAGAGGUUGAUUACCUCCGAACAGUAGAGACUAAAGGAGAUUUUCGAAUUAUUAAGAAUUCUUUUUUUUCAGUAGGAAAUCAGCCACCUGUGCUAUUCAAUACGGUCUUUAGAACUCAUAACAGUCAUUUUUUAAAACAGUAAUUCAGCCUUGAGAGUUAAAAAAAAUCCGUAGCAAAAUACUGGAUACCGCAGGAAUCAGCCUUUCACAGAAGUUUCGAAAAAAAUUGGUAUUUCGGUAGGAAAAGUUUUUAUUAAUUCUACCGGCCGACUAUAAAUUUGGUUAAUAAGAUUUUUGGAAAACUAGUAGCCAUUUUCUAUAUUAUUAGUUUUACUCGAAACAAUUUUCUUCCUUUGCAAUCAGGGUUGCACUCAUUUUUGAUUAAUUGUAAAAAUGAAUUAUGAACUUCUAAUUGAAGCGUUUCAAUGAAGUUUAACAGAAAUAAUGUGAAAGAAGAUUUCUUUGCCUGCUUCAUAAGCUCCUAUAAAAGCGAAAUGUGUAUAUUUUCGUUACUGCUACUCUUUCAAUCGCAAGAUGAUCAAACUGAGAAUGACAUAUGGCAUUGCAGGAGUGAUCGGGGACAUCCAGUCGGUGGAGGGAUCGCUUCCAGUCCGAGCCUUCGGAAGCUACGGUGGUCGCGGGAUUCAGCGCGGUUACGAACCAUGGUGACGCAGAGGCCAGCAGAGUGGGACUUCGACUAA